AUGCUCAAGAAGUUCUCAGACGCAGAGAUCAAAAAAUAUGAGAUGGGUGAUGUGCUAGAAUUGGUAAUCUGGGACUAUUCGGAAACACCUAGGCCACACGAGUCGUUUCUCCACAUGCGAAGGCUGUUUCCUAAUCUAUGGGCGUCAUCAGCAUUCAAAGGUGCCGACUUCUCAGCUGCCACAUUUGCCAACUUCCAGCAUUACGAAACCAACAACCUCAAUUGGCUUCAAGAAAUCAGG